AUGGUGCGGCUGCUCGCCGCUGUCUCUCUGCUACACCCACUGUUUCUCUCCUACACCCGCUGUCUUUCUCCUACACCCGCUGUCUCUCUCCUACACCCGCUGUCUCUCUGCUACACCCGCUGUCUCUCUGCUACACCCGCUGUCUCUCUGCUACACCUGCUGUCUCUCUCCUACACCCGCUGUCUCUCUGCUACACCCGCUGUCUCUCUGCUACACCCGCUGUCUCUCUGCUUCACCUGCUGUCUCUCUGCUACAGCCGCUGUCUCUCUGCUACACCCGCUGUCUCUCUGCUACAGUCGCUGUCUCUCUGCUACAGCCGCUGUCUCUCUCCUACACCUGCUGUCUCUCUGCUACACCUGCUGUCUCUCUGCUACAGCCGCUGUCUCUCUGCUACACCCACUGUUUCUCUCCUACACCCGCUGUCUUUCUCCUACACCCGCUGUCUCUCUCCUACACCCGCUGUCUCUCUGCUACACCCGCUGUCUCUCUGCUACACCCGCUGUCUCUCUGCUACACCUGCUGUCUCUCUCCUACACCCGCUGUCUCUCUGCUACACCCGCUGUCUCUCUGCUACACCCGCUGUCUCUCUGCUACACCUGCUGUCUCUCUGCUACAGCCGCUGUCUCUCUGCUACAGCCGCUGUCUCUCUGCUACACCUGCUGUCUCUCUGCUACACCCGCUGUCUCUCUGCUACAGCCGCUGUCUCUCUCCUACACCCGCUGUCUCUCUGCUACACCCGCUGUCUCUCUGCUACAGCCGCUGUCUCUCUGCUACACCCACUGUUUCUCUCCUACACCCGCUGUCUCUCUCCUACACCCGCUGUCUCUCUGCUACACCCGCUGUCUCUCUGCUACACCCACUGUUUCUCUGCUACACCUGCUGUCUCUCUGCUACAGCCGCUGUCUCUCUCCUACACCUGCUGUCUCUCUGCUACAGCCGCUGUCUCUCUGCUACACCUGCUGUCUCUCUGCUACAGCCGCUGUCUCUCUGCUACACCCACUGUUUCUCUCCUACACCCGCUUUCUUUCUCCUACACCCGCUGUCUCUCUCCUACACCCGCUGUCUCUCUGCUACACCCGCUGUCUCUCUGCUACAGCCGCUGUCUCUCUGCUACAGCCGCUGUCUCUCUGCUACACCCGCUGUCUCUCUGCUACACCCACUGUCUCUCUCCUACACCCACUGUCUUUCUCCUACACCCGCUGUCUUUCUCCUACACCCGCUGUCUCUCUCCUACACCCGCUGUCUCUCUGCUACACCCGCUGUCUCUCUGCUACACCCGCUGUCUCUCUGCUACACCUGCUGUCUCUCUGCUACACCCGCUGUCUCUCUGCUACACCCGCUGUCUCUGUUACACCUGCUGUCUCUCUCCUACACCUGCUGUCUCUCUGCUACACCCGCUGUCUCUCUGCUACACCCGCUGUCUCUCUGCUACACCCGCUGUCUCUGUUACACCUGCUGUCUCUCUCCUACACCCGCUGUCUCUCUGCUACACCCGCUGUCUCUCUGCUACACCCGCUGUCUCUGUUACACCUGCUGUCUCUCUCCUACACCCGCUGUCUCUCUGCUACACCCGCUGUCUCUCUGCUACACCCGCUGUCUCUGUUACACCUGCUGUCUCUCUCCUACACCUGCUGUCUCUCUGCUACACCCACUGUCUCUCUCCUCGCUGUCUCUCUGCUACACCCGCUGUCUCUCUUCUACAGCCGCUGUCUCACUGCUACACCCGCUGUCUCUCUCCUCUCUGUCUCUCUGCUACAGCCGCUGUCUCACUGCAUAUGCAUGACGCCUGUAUCACUGUACCAGCUGAUCUAA